UCGUCUCCUCCUCCUCCCAACCUCCUCACGCGCCACGCACCGCCAAACCCUAGCCCUCGGCCCCGCCCACGCUCCGCCUCACUCGCUCGCCAUGUCCGAUUCCGAACCCGCCGCGCCCCCACCGGCCGUGGCCGACGACGCCGCGUCGCCAGCGGCGGCCGCGGCGGCUCCAGCGGGCGAGGUGGAGGCCCCGUCUCUGGAGAGGAAGGAGGAGCUGCUGCCCGUGGAGGAGAAGAUCUCGGAAUUAGAUGAAUCGCAGUCAAAGCUUAUGGGGAGACUUCGAGGACUCAAGGAGGAUUUGCUGAAUUGGAGGACCAGUUUAGACACACAAGUGACCAAAUACAAAAUUGAACUCUCUGAUAUCAAAACUGCUCUGAAUAGCGAAAUUGAACAGCUGAGAUCAGAUUUCCAAGAAUUGAGGACCACCCUUAAGAAGCAGCAGGAAGAUGUAUCAAAUAGUUUGAAGAAUUUGGGGGAUACCACUGACAAUGAAGGGAAUAAAGGAAGUGAUGAAGGGAAUAAGGGAAGUGAUGAAGGGAUUGCAAGUGAGGGUGUCUCAGAUACCCUAGAGAAGCUGAAAUUGGAUGAUAAUCCAAAAGACCAUAGUGAAAGCAGUAGUGCCAAUGAGGAAAAGGAUGAAACUACUGCUGAAGAUAGCACGGUUGAUAAAACUGUUAAGGCGGAGAGCACAAGCGAUGAAUAAAGUAGCAGAGGAAGCAAAAGUAUAACUUGAGCGCUUCUUUUUCACGGCUCAGCUGUAGUAAUUUUUAGAACAGAGAUAACUUGGUUCCUGAAACGAAUCCACGCUCUCUGAUGGCUCUAUUGUCGUGUAGUCUUGUCGAUCGCUAUCGUGACUUGUGAAAUUCCAGUCCUUUGGAAUAACAAUUAUAUUGCGGAAGUUAUCUAAAGAAUAGUCGUCCCCUGGAAUUUUCCAGUGAAAAUUUGCUGAUACAUUUCAAA